AUGGGUAAUGGGACGACUAGUGGGUUUCAGAUCAAAAUUCCUGGUAAGGCAAGUGCAGGUUAUACUAGUGGUUACGGAGUUUCUGGUAAAUUUUCGAGAGAUGGGUUUACGGGUAAGGACGAGAUUGGGAAAGGGAUAGGUGAUAUUGCCAAGAAAAAGAAAGGGGAUAAUGGGAUGGACGAGGUGGUGGCUGCAAUAGAGACAUUAGGAGAGUGGUUUGUGAGAAUAGAAAAAGUUAAGAUGGAUAUGGCGCAUGAGGUGGAGCAGAUGGAGUUGAAGAGGACUGAGAUGAUACUUGAAUCGCAGUAG